ACUGCAGGGUGAACGGUGAUCUUAGUUCGUGAAAGUCCGAGCGACACUAAGCUCGUGGCUUGCGCCGCGCCGCUCGUUUAAAUACGAGUGUCUGAAUGUUUUCGAGUUGGUUAUGUAAUGAACCACCGAGGCACUAAUAUAAAUUAACACAAAACAGGAAAGAUCGUUCUUAAUUAUUAUCAAUAGGUAUGGUUAUUGCGGCUGUGACAAUUUCAACAUUCAGCAGUCAUUCCUAUUGUGAAUAACAUAAUUCCAUCAUAAUUCUAUUUAAGAGUUAGCUUAAAAUAUCCCAGAAUUCAAUGCAACUAUUGCAAAAGUAAUUAAGGAAGUUUGAAUAAAAUAAAAUAUGGAAAAAGGAAAGGAAGUAAGAGUAUCAUUAUGGUAUUUUGGAGGUUUGGCAUCUGCUGGAGCCGCCUGCGUCACUCAUCCUUUAGAUUUACUGAAGGUUCAAAUGCAAACUCAAAAAGGAAAAAAUAUAUCAAUGCUCCAGCUGACAGGAAUAGUUCUUAGAAAUCAAGGGAUUAUGGGGUUGUAUAAUGGUAUUUCAGCAUCUCUUUUGCGUCAGCUAACAUAUUCUACGGCUAGAUUUGGAAUUUAUGAAGUUUCAAAACAACAAUUUUCACCAAAAGAUGGUAGCGGUUUGCCAUUUUAUAUGUCAGCCUUUCUAGCGGGCUUAGGAGGCUUUGCAGGUGGAUUUGUGGGAAAUCCUGCUGACUUAGUGAAUGUUCGCAUGCAAAAUGAUGUCAAGCUUCCACCAGAGCAAAGAAGAAAUUACAAGAAUGCUAUACAUGGGCUCUAUCGAGUGGCAACUCAAGAAGGCAUUCUACGCCUGUGGGCAGGGGCUUCAAUGACCUGCAGCCGUGCAACUCUGAUGACUAUUGGACAGUUGUCCUUCUAUGAUCUAAUCAAAGGCAUACUACUAUCAUCACCAUACUUUGGAGAUAAUGUUGUGACACAUAUAACUUCAAGUUGUUUAGCUGGUGCUAUCGCAACUACAUUGACUCAACCUGUAGAUGUAUUAAAGACCCGUGCAAUGAACGCCAAACCAGGUGAGGUGAAGAGCAUUUUACUCCUAAUUAAAAACACUGCCAGGGAAGGACCUCUAGCAUUCUUCAAGGGAUACAUUCCAGCUUUUGUUAGACUCGCUCCACAUACUGUGCUUACGUUUGUGUUCCUAGAACAAUUGAGAAUAAACUUUGGACAUAUACACAAUAUACCGGUAAUAUAAAAUAUUAUUUUUUACACUAGUCUUACUGAUUGCAUGCACAAUUUGGAAUAACAGCCAAAUACUGAAAAGUUUCUAAUAGUUAAGAGCAUCAUAAAUAUAAAAUAGUUCUUUUUUUAUGAUUACCAGAUGCUUCAUUUUAGACUGCAUCAUCAAUUCAUCACAGUGUCAGGUGUUAUUGCAGGCUCGCGCUAAUCUAUACAAGUAAUUUAAAAAGUUUUCAAAAACCUGCUAACAACAUCUUUUUCAGCUCGCUUAAUGUAUAUAAUCCGUUAAUUUUUUUAUUUUUUAGGAGUUUUAUGUACCCAGUGACACUCACGCCAUCAAAAUCGGUUGAGCCGUUAAGUAAUUACGAACGGACUUAGAAACAGACAUACAAGUUCAAAACAUAAUCCUCCUUUUAGGCUUCGCCCCAGUCAUGUUAGUUACCAAACUACAAUUCUCUUAACUUUUAAAAUGCUUUCAGUAUUCAGAGCUUGUGUUAGUUUGCACAAUAGGAUUGGAGUGAGUUUUUAGGUUUUUUUGACUUAUUUAUAGGUAAUAUCUUGUUAAAUGGUUAUACUGUAGAACUUGAAAUAAAAUUUCAAGUAGGUACUAAUGCGAUAAAAUAUUUCUGGCCUGAUUUUAAGAUUUCAGGUAUAUUGCUUUCUUUAAAUUCCAUGUUAGGCUGUUGUUUACUAAUAUGAAAGUUUAAUAUGUUAAUGGUUUUGUGUUAUACGAUUUCACUUUAUUUAUUUUUGAAUUUUUUUAAUGGAAUAAUAGUAAAUAGGUACUUUAUGCUGUCAUAUAAUGACACAAUAAUAUAUAGUUAGUAUUUAAAUAAACCAAUUUACAGUGAGAGUAAUAGCAACAUUUAAGGAAAAAAAUGGUAUUGUUAACUAUUUUUGAAAUUAUUGGAUACUAUUUCAAUAAAUAAGUUUAUUUUAUUAUUUAGCCAAAUUAAAAGAAAAUUUUAAUACAUUGUUCACCUGUUUGAAUUAAUUAGUUAAGAGUUCUUUUGUUUAUUCAUAAGUAGAACAAAGUUUAGUACAAACACAAUAUUGACAUGGUAUAGGUCUAAGGGUACAGUAUAUUAUUAUAGUUUUGUUAUAGACACUUGGGCAAGCCAAAGCCUAAUCAUUUUCUAAACUUGCCGAUCCAUUACAAAACUAAGGUUUUGCUAUUACAUAUUAUAUUAUUAU